AAGCACAACCGAUGUAUCCCUGCCUUUUUUCCUUUCUGACCAAUCCAAAGCUUUCAGUAGUCCAACAACUUUAUGGUGCUUCAUAUAGAUUUUCUUCAAAUUUGAUACAUAGAGAAGUCUUCAUCAUUAUCUGCACACCCCACUUCCGGUUUCCCCCAAACUUUUCUUUUCUUUUCUUUUCUUUGUUUUUUUUUUCCCUGGUAACACCAGAAGAAUCUUUACCCUUCUCCCAUCCACAUAACCUUUCUCCCUCUGACUAUUAUUAACCUCCCUUCUCUUCAGGGCCACAGCCACCACCCUUCCCUCCCCUCCCCCUCCCCUUCUCCCAUCCCCCUCCCCCAUAUUCUUCUCUACCACCUUUGAUUCCUCAUGGCCCUUGAAGCCAUUUCUUAGAGGGCUUGCUUUAACCUCUGGGUCCUUUGAGGUUUGUGUUCUAGCUGCACUUUCUAGUUGUUUUCUUUUUCUCUCCCCAUCUUCUUCACUUGCUUGCAUCUUCUCCCUCUCAUACUGAACCUUGACUGAACCUUCCUGGCUCUUGGGCUCUUUAUUGCUUAAACGUCACAUAUGAAUCAUAUUUACUUUCCCUUUCUCGUGAACUGAUCUCUCUGCACUUCUCUGCUUCUCUCAAGAUAUUGUUCCACUGUUCCUCCUCUUUUUCUCCUCACCUUCUUAACUUCCUUUAGUAAUUACUUGUGUUUUAUUUCUCCCAAGAAAAACAAAAAGAAAAGGAAAAGAAAAAACUUUCACCAUCUUUUGAGCUACUUAGAUAUUAGCUCAAGCUGCCAGGUCUCAAGUUUCAGUUUGCUGCGGUAUUCUGUGUUCUUAUGUGGUCUGUUCUAUGAAAUCCCUGCUCUUCUAUGCUUGCUUAAUGUUUUCUCCCUUGGUGCUCAUUUCUUAGACCUCUAAAACAUUUGUUCUUCUAUAUUCUCUUCAUCUUGGCUCCUUUUAUCUUCCUCAUUCUUCUUUACUUUCUCUUCCCAAUGCCACAAUCUUACUUCCCACUUCGGUGGGAGAGUACCGGGGACCAGUGGUGGUAUGCCUCCCCCAUUGACUGGGCAGCAGCCAAUGGCCACUAUGACCUGGUCCGGGAGCUCCUCCACCUUGAUGCCAACCUCCUCAUCAAGCUCACCUCCCUCCGCCGGAUCCGGCGGCUCGAAACGGUCUGGGAUGAUGAUGCCCGUUUCGUCGAUGCUGCGAAAUGUCGGUCCUUUGUCGCCCGAAGCCUCCUUCUCGAGUGCGAGACGAAGAACCGAAAGAAUACUCUGAUUCGAGCUGGAUAUGGUGGUUGGCUGCUCUACACUGCAGCCUCAGCAGGGGAUAUUAGCUUUGUUCAAGAGUUGCUGGAGAGAGCGCCACUAUUAGUCUUUGGAGAAGGAGAGUAUGGUGUGACUGAUAUAUUUUACGCCGCGGCGAGGAGCAAGAAUUCUGAGGUUUUUAGGCUACUGUUUGACUCUGCGGUGUCUCCGAGGAGCUUGGGAGGUGGCAGCGGCGGAGAGGCGGCGGAUGGGUCGGGUGGGAGUAUUUCGAUUUUUAAGUGGGAGAUGGUGAACAGGGCUGUUCAUGCUGCUGCUAGAGGAGGGAACUUGGAGAUCCUGAAAGAGCUUCUUGAGGACUGCUCUGAUGUCUUAGCUUAUAGAGAUGUUCAAGGAUCUACCAUCUUGCAUGCUGCUGCUGGCAGAGGGCAAGUUGAGAUAGUUAAGGAUCUAGUGCAAUCUUACGAUAUAAUCAGUGCUCGAGAUAAUCAAGGGAACACAGCACUGCACGUGGCAGCCUUUCGAGGACACUUGUCAGUUGUGGAAGCCUUAAUUACUGCAUCUCCAUCAUCCUCCACUUUGUCAAAUAAUGCUGGAGAUACUUUUCUUCAUAUGGCCGUGGCAGGUUUCAGAACUCCUGGUUUCCGAAGGCUUGACCGACAAAUGGAGCUCGUGAAGCAGCUGGUUUCUGGAACUAUUGCAAAUAUUCAAGAAAUCAUCAAUCUCAGGAAUAAUGAUGGAAGGACAGCCCUUCACAUGGCUGUGAUUGGUAAUAUGCACUCUAACCUUGUUGAACUCUUGAUGACUGUCCGAUCAAUCAACCUAAAUAUUCGAGAUGCUGAUGGUCUGACACCAUUGGAUCUACUCCGACAACACCCACGAUCAGCAUCUUCUGAAAUACUGAUUAAACAAUUGAUUUCGGCUGGAGGAAUCUCAAAUUCAAAGGAUUGCAUGGCAAGAUCAGCCAUUGCUUCCCACAUAAAGAUGCAAGGUAUUGGAAGCAGCCCAGGUACUUCUUUUAGAAUCUCGGAUGCAGAGAUAUUCUUGUAUGCAGGUAUUGAAGCAUCAGAAGCCAGUGGAAGGCCUAGCUCAUGCUCAAGUGUUAGCAGGAGUGAACUUCCAAAUUUUGGCACCAUUGAUGAAAACCAAGAGUUCUCAGACAAGAAGAAACAAAAUCCUGUUAACAGUGCAGCAAGGCGUCUCAUGAUUUUUCUCAGGUGGCCUCGUCGGAAGGAGAAGAAAACUGAUACACCAAAGAAAUUGGGAGAUGAUGACUCACUGGACUCCUUGAAGAAAUGGAGCGAGCAUGAGGAGACACCAACUCCCCUUCGACAGCGAUUCUCCAGGGGAACAUCACUCCUGAACAACAAGCGAACUCUUUCUGUUAGGAGUUCCAUUCCAAGUCCAACCACAAAGAAGAAAUUUGCUGCAGGUUUAAUGCAUGGGGUAAUUCAAACCAUGCCGCACCUGGCUCCUCCAACACGGUAUCCAUCUGGUUCUUUCCCAAAGUCAUCGAUGUCAUCCCCCUCGUCAGAUAAACAAAAGGGCAUCUGUGGAGAGAAUGAGCCCAGUGCUGGUGCCUCCUGCUCAAAUUCAUCAGUUACUGGAGGUAGCAUGACAGAGAACACACCACAGAAAUCUGGUUUUGUGAAUGCUAGACUAAUGAAUCAGUACUUCUGUUUUGGUGCACAAGGCCUGACAAUGGAGGAUUCAGUCAAUGGACAGAGAUCAAAUCGGACAUUUAAACGCUCAGUUCUGUCAGUUGCUUGAUAGACCGGACGAAAGAUAUGUAGUUUGUGGGGUAUCUAUGUAUUUGGCAUGGUCAUCGCUCUGUUGGCCGGUAUUACUAAGUGUGUUUUAUCAGCAAGGUGUGUUAGCUUUUCCUAAGAGCACCUAUGUUGCAUGUUUGCAUCUAGGUAUGUGUGUAGCUUUCUGCAUGAACCAUGUCUAACUUCUGUUAAUAUCUAGAGUGAAUGUUAAUAUGAAACCAUCAGUAUUACUCUGAUUACAACAUUU